UUCUUUCUCUCUCCUCUUUCUCUCUCCUCUUUCUCUCUCUUGUGUUUGAGUGUGAGGGGAUGAAAAGAAGGGGUUUGAGCAAUUGAAAGGCCAGAAGUUCCACAUGAACCAUCUGGAAACCUUCUUUUUCAAGCUUUUCUUCAAAUUUCUUCAUUUCCAUGGAUACAUCUCAAUGGCCACAGGAGAUUUUGAUGAAACCCAUUGAAGAAAUUGUGGCAAACACUUACCCAAAACAAGGAGUUUCAAAUUUAGAGAGAAAAAUUAGACCCCAAAAGGAACAAGCUUUGAAUUGUCCAAGGUGUAAUUCAAGCAAUACAAAGUUUUGUUAUUACAAUAAUUAUAGCCUCACACAACCAAGAUACUUUUGCAAGACAUGUAGAAGGUAUUGGACUGAAGGUGGUUCCUUAAGAAACAUUCCUGUUGGAGGUGGCUCAAGGAAGAACAAGAGACCUUCUUCACAAAAGAAAAUUCUUGAUCUCCCACAAAACCCUAAUUCCGCCUCUUCCGAGACCGUUGUCGUCGGUCGUAACCCUUCGACGAUUGAUGUCACGACAAAUCACCUCUCGGCGAUGGAGCUUCUCACCGGGAUGACGAGCAAGAACUCUAGAGACUUGAAUUGUUUUCUUCCAAUGCCUUCCAUCGUCCCUGAUCCUCGCUCCGUUUACACUACUGGGUUUCCUGAUCUCCACGAGCCAUUUAAGCCAAGCAUUGGAUUCUCUCUUGAUGGGUAUGGAGUCGUCCCGACCGACGUCGGCAAUGGGGACCGGAGGGUGACGCAGCUGCCAUUGUUUGAAGAUUUGAAGCAAGGGGAGUCUAAUGGAGUUGAACAAGGCAAAGAACAAGGAGAUUCAAAUGGGUAUUGGAGUGGGAUGUUGAGUGGAGGAUCAUGGUAAAUUCUAAGUCCAAAUCAUAUCUUCAUUUUCAUAUUCUUGUUGUUUUUUCGUCGAUCAACCGCGUAAUUAACCAAUCUUUGUUUUUUGUUCUUGUUUGUGUUCGUGUUCGUGUUCUUGUUAAGAAUCAUCGACAAAACGACGAACUCGAAAACUCUAGAAUUGAUGUAUAAAAACAAUUUAGAAACCCUCUUCACUUUUGAGCACUUUCACAA